AUGGAUCCACAUCCACUUGACCCUAUCCGCCCAGUCGAAGUUAAUCUGUCGGCGAAAAUUCUUCAAGCAUCGUUCCCCGGUGUACCUCUGCGGUUCAAGGUUAUCCGAUCUCUGAUCAAUCUGGACACGAAGGCGGUGCUCUCGUUGAAGGAGUUCCCUAAGGAGGUGCAGGGACCCGCCGACGUCGACGAGAUACUAGAAAUUGAACAACUCUCUGGCAUCGCUGUUCUCAAUGACCUCUGGAUCUACGGUUGUGAUGAUAUCAAUGAAACUCGGAGAUUGUCCCAGUACUAUAUGUACAUGACAAAGACCAUCCCACAGGAGAAUCAUUCUCUCUGCCAAUGCCAUUCUCCCCAGUUUUCGAUGGACAUCACCCGUGAACUUGUGCGGAUAGACUACCUCCCGACUGGAACAGAUCAUUCAAUUGCCUCAACAAGCCCGUGGACUCCGGUAAAGACAGUUGAGGACGCGCAUGACCUCCUUGAUGAACCGCUAAGAACAGAUUUCAAACCAUACAUCGUGCAACAACCCGAAGGCGCCUCGUUCUCUGUGAAUGUCAAUGCAGUCAAGUGGGAAUACAGAGUCGGUUUCAAUUCCAGGGAGGGCCUGACACUUUACAAUAUCACUUAUGAUAAACGCAAUGUCUUUUAUCGGCUGUCCGUAAGCGAAAUGACAGUUCCAUAUGGCGACCCACGAGCUCCCUAUCACCGCAAACUGGCGUUCGAUGUUGGCGAUGUCGGAUUCGGAAUUACUGCCAAUCAGGUAGAUUCUAAGGGCAACCCAGUCAUUCUCGAAAACGUAGUCUGUCUCCACGAACAGGACGCUGGCCUCCAGCACAAACACACGAUUAUCGCUCUGGCGAGGCCACCGCGGUCAGAAACCGCCAACUGGGUCGUGCAGAUGAUUUGCACCAUUUCUAACUCCGAGUAUAUCUUUGCCUGGAUUUUCGACCAAGCAGGAGACAUCGAACUCGAAGUCCGCGCCACCGGCAUUCUUUCCACCAUGCUCACCGACCAUGGUGCCACCGUCCCUUGGGGCACCAAUGUUGUGCCGGGUGUCAUGGCUGGGUACCACCAACAUAUCUUCUCCAUGCGCAUUGACCCAGCCAUUGACGGACAUAACAAUACUGUAGGCUAUCAAGACAGUGUCCCAAUGCCUGAAGAUCCGAUCGCUAACCCAUAUAGUGUGGGAUACAUCGCGGAAACCACCGUACUGAAAACGUCCGUGGCUGAGGAUACAAAUGUUGAGAGACAUCGUGUUUUCAAAAUUCGCAAUGACAACGUCAUCAACCCGAUCUCACACAAGCCGGUCGCUUAUAAAUUGCAAGCACUUGCAAGCCAGAUGAUGUUGAUGAACCCGCGGAGCUUUAAUCAGACCCGCGCAAAGUUUGCGACCAAGCCUAUCUGGGUGACCAAGCACCACGAUGGUAUGCCGCUGGCGAGUUCACUAAUCAGAGCAAGAAGAACGCUGGUGUUGAAGAUACCGACCUGGUAUUGCGGCAUUUCAACUGGGUACAAGUAUGCUAAAUUCAAACAACUUGCAAAAAUCACAGCAUUCGGUCUCACCCACAACCUACGCCCUGAAGCCUUCCCCAUAAUGCCUGUUGAACGGAUAAGCACAUCAUGCUUAAAGCCAGAAGGUUUUUUCCAGAAGGACCCUGCUCCGACGUCCCUACAUCUAACCAGUCAUCUAACCAUUCUCAACUGCACGAGGGCGGAAAGCCUGACGCCGAUGCCCCUGUGCCAUCGGCUUGUCAUUGCCCGUCGAAGACUGAACGGCUGUAAUGGUGGGAAAGUCGUUCAGAAGCUUCGAGAAAUUUACGAUUCUCAGUCCGAAGUUUGUGCUAUGAUCCACGAAUAUGUCAAGGUGACAUCAACGUCCAAACUUGAGAAAAAAUAUGACUUCCUUCCCCCCAAGAGGGAUGGUAAUCCACUUCAAUUUCGAAGCAAUCGAGCCGAUUCUAUGCAGCCCACAACCAAUCUGAAUCAACCCUUAGAAAUUCAUGGGUGUAAGGGUGACAUGGUUCUAUCUCGCGAUGGGGCAGCCCAACCUCCAGGGCUCGUCGUCUCUUUGGCCGGGUGGAACAUGCCGCUAGGGCGUUCAUAG